AUGCAUUUCUUACAAGUUGUCUCUCUUUUCGUUGUGUCCUAUAUUCUUUCAGCUGGUGCGGCGCCGUUAAUGAAGUGCAAGCCAUCGAGGCCGUCCUGCCCUCAAAAUGUUCCUCUUCUCGAGGCAGAACAGUUGUAUGUUGACGACCCGGCUGGAUAUCGGAGUCCCUUUUGGAAUUUCGGCGCCAGUGAUGAAGUGAGGAUGGGUGGGACGCCAGGUUAUAAUCCGGAUUCGACGCGUUGGAAUCAGGCGACCAAUUCCCCUUCGCAAGCGGGACCACAGCCAAACAAUUCUGCUUUCCACGCCCCGGAAUAUUAUAGCGGAGCUAAUCGUGAUCAGAUCUUGAGUUUGAAAACGUAUCCCUGGAAUACUGUCGGCCGAGUAUCAUUCAAACGCUUUAAAGGCGAUAAAGGGGGAUGGUGCACGGGCACGCUAGUUGGAAGGGAUCUUAUACUCACAGCUAGUCAUUGCUUCCCAUGGGGAUACGGCGAUGAUAGAUGGAUGCGAUUCUCGCCGGGUUUUGCAAAUGACACGGAACCGUACGGUGGUUCUUACGUCUCCCGUUGUCGUGGGGUGAAAAAUACUUUCAACGUGACCGGAAUCGACUAUGUUGUGUGCCAUCUUUGCCAACCUCUAGGAGAAAAGGUGGGUUGGAUGGGGACAAGAUGGUGGAAAGACGAGUCCGUUUAUAUGGGUAGAUCAUGGUCGAGCAGUGGCUACCCAGUAGACUCCUAUAAUGGCCAAGCGCAGAUGUUUAUUCCUAGUCUAAAUUUCUUCGAAAUCGAAUACCAUGCUGACCUUGGAGUGGAACUCGAAUCCCUGACCUUCGCAUCUGCAGGUUGGUCUGGAGGACCCACGUGGGGUUACCUGCAUGGACAGCCAACCAUUGUGGGCGUGUGCAGCGGAGCAGAAAGGGACUGUAGCGAGCGGGUUGGAGGCUGCCUUAGUAGCGACACAGAAGACUAUCACGAUGUAUCAGCGGGUGGGAAGCUCAUGACUGAUCUUGUUCUCUACGCAAUGCACCAAUGGCGAUCUGGUUGA